AAUCGUGGUGGUAUGAAGAGAUCGUGGCUUGAUUUCAUGGGGAAGAUAAAGGCUCAAAGCUCGCGGCUUCAGGUGAUGACGGAGAAUUGCAAAGAAUGACGGAAAAGAAGUUUCACGGCCGGUUAACUUCUUAAUUUUCAUCAUUUUUUUCAUUAAAACCACUGUUUUCCAGAAUUUUUUUUUGGAGUUUCUCAGCCAUUAAAAUUGUUUCUCUGUUAAAAAAAGAGAGAAUAAAACUAAAAUUAAAAAUUGUGGGACCUAUUUAGUUUCAAGAAUAAAUAUAGUUAGCUUGUAGUUACAAAAAACUGCUUUACUAGCAAUAACUGCCUUAUAAUGUAAUAAAAACUCAUAAACUGCCUUAUAGUGUAAAUAACUCAACAAAACAAAGUGACAGAGGGAGUUUUUGUCGUGAAAGGGAAACAUCCAAACAAGGCUUUAUGAUUCAUACUAAUCACGAGAUUCACAGAUCAACACCUCGCAAAGUUCCAAGAAGUAAAAGCCAACACACAAUUCAAAGUUCCAAGAAGGAAAGACCAACGCACAAAAUUAAUCAUCCUGUGUCUUUGAAGUUUUUUUGGUAAAAAUGUCUUUGAAGUUAUGGGAUAGCCGGAUAGAUUCGCAUAACAUGUUGAUAUAAGAAAUUCGCAUUCGCACAUUUACAAUUUUUAUCUUGCAAUUUACUAUAUUUUCAUCAACUACAUAUCUGUUUUUUUGCCUGGAUAUUGAUCCAUAUUAUACUUACCUUCAAAUGAAGAAAGAAUAAAACCGAUUCAUGUAUAUUCAGUUUUCUCAAAUGUUAACGCGUUGAUACCUAACAAAAAAAGGAAUUAUCCACCUGCACUAUAUAUUAACGUUGGAAAUAACUAUUUUAUCAUUCCCCGAAAAAUUAUUAAACAUGCAAAAAUUUAUAAUUUCGGGAUUACCAACUGAAAACAAAUUCAUGUUCUCUUUUAUUUAUUGUUAAUAAGUAAUUCAAGAAACUGCUCAUAAUAUAAGACAAGAAUCAUCUUUCUUUCCACACCUCUCCAUAAACAGUUGCUCAUACCCAUCCUCUUCAAAUGGCUAGUUCUCCUAUCUUUCUCCUCCUCCUUACCCUAUCAUCAACCCUACUCUCAGUCGCAUCCAACACAACCACCAUCGAAUCAACUUGCAAAACCACAAACUACUACGACCUCUGCGUCUCAGCUCUCAAGUCCGACCCAAGAAGCCCCACAGCCGACACAAAAGGUCUCGCCGCCAUUAUGGCUAGCGUUGGUAUGACAAACGCCACAGCCACAGCCAGUUAUAUCGCUAAAAAUCUGACUGCUACUGCAAACAACACCGUCCUCAAGAAGGUCUUAAAAGAUUGCUCCGACAAGUAUACUCUCGCAGCUGAUUCUCUCCGGCUAACGAUUCAAGAUCUUGAUGAUGAAGCUUAUGACUAUGCUUACAUGCAUGUGUUGGCGGCUCAGGAUUAUCCCAAUGUUUGCCGGAAUAUUUUCCGGCGAGCUAAGGGUUUGGUUUAUCCGGCGGAGAUUAGCCGGUGUGAAGUGAGUUUGAGAAGUAUAUGUGGUGUUGUCUCCGGGAUUCUUGAUCGGCUGGCUGAAUGAUUGUAAUUAUACUAUUUGAAUUGUUGUAUUUUAUCAAAUGAAAAACUUUGUUAAAUUUAAUUAAAUUUAUAAAUUGUAAGUUUCAAUACUACCUAAUAUUUUAUUGUUAUUCACUU